AAAAUGAGUUCAUCAUCAGUGGACAACAGUUGGCUGUCAUCGGCUUACACGAGAUAUCUUGAAGCAAAAGACUUAAGCGAUCGGCAAAGUCUUCACGAUUCAGUUGACCAGCCGUUUGAAUCGAAAUAUAAGGCCAAACAGAUUCUGCAGGAUUUGCUGGACACCACUGUGUCCACAGAAUUGGUUGCCACCGACGAUAAGGUCGACGACGGUAAUGACGAUCAGCUAAAUUCUGGCCAACUUCUGGAGCUAUUAUUACACUACGAGUUGGGUGCCAUCGAUUUGGAUACCGAAGAGCCAUCAAAUGCGACCAAACAUUUCCAGUUGAGUCGGAAGUUAUUGAUGGACAUCACUGGCGGCGACAGCGGCGGCGCCGCCGACACCGACGCCAACGAUAAUCAGAAGAAUCGGUUACGAUUGUCGUUGACAUUGAUGUCGGUUGUGGUCAACAAUCAGUUAGGAUUUAUUUGGUGCUCCCGAAGUGACUAUACGGAAGCAAUCGGUUAUCUACAAGAAGCAAAACAAGCGUACGACUGGUGGUCAAAAACCAGUGAUGACCACUUACGGCUCGGUUUGUUACUGGAUUUUGCCGAUCUGUUUACAUCGAAACCGUUGCACGAGUCAAACGUUAGCCGACGACUGGCCGCCGCAAACGAGACCAACAACUCGAAUAAAGGCUUGAAAAACUUAGAAUCGGGCCAUACGUUGACACUGUAUCUGAUGGCACAGACCUACGAAAAGUUGGGCGACAAUAGCCAAUCGGCUGUCUACUGUCACUCGACACUCAAACGCCAAUAUCGGUCACUACAGGAGUCGUCGGAGUCGUCGUCGUCGUCACCACAAAUUGAUGAACCAUUGAUGUACGACCGUAUCGAUUGGGCACUGAAUGCGGCCACACUAUCGCAAUACUUUGCGUCCAACGACGACUUCAAUGCCUCCCGACAUCAUAUCUGUUGCGCACUUAAAGUCAUCAAUAGUUUAGCGUUGUUGUCGCCGGCGGACAUCGAGUCUGAUAAAUAUCGGAAAGCUAUGGCCGAUAUCAAUCGGAUUGUUGUCAAAUACAGUAUUAUGCUUCUGGAGUCAUCGGGAACUGCUAUACGCGAUAAUCUGGUGGUCACCACCAUCACUGAACAGACUGAUGAACAACAAUCAACCGGUGAUCAGAAGUUCAGACCAUAUUUGCUGAACGACCGGGAAGUGGAGGAAUUGGAGAAAACUAUCAAAACAUACCCGAUUAGGACACUAUCGGCCGCUCAACAAGUGUUCAAAUAUGCCAAUCAAUGUCUUACCGAAGCCAUGGAGUUCUAUAAACUGGACGAAAGAGCGUCGGAUUAUAUAUCAUGUAUUCAGGACAGGAGUAAACUGUAUCAGUAUUUGAUACCAUUUGACAGUGACUACGAUCGACAGUGUCGGAUGCAUAAGCGUCGGGUGGACGCACUCGAGGAACUGAUCAAACAGAUUAAUCCGAAAAUAUUUGUCGGCCAAUAUCGGCAGCUGUUGUUCGAAUUGGCCGAAAUUCAUACGCAAAUGGCCGAACUGAAGACAUGCAUUAUGAAUGACAAGUCGGACGACGAUUCGGCGGCCAUCGAUGACCGACAAAUGCUUGUGGCCAUCAAAAAGAUUAACCUAUUGUUUGCCAAAUCCAUUCAUAAUUUUGAUACAUUCAUCAAGACAUUUGUCGAUGAAAAAUCGGCCAACAAAUUACCCGAUUCGCUGCCCGCCGACUAUAUACGGCCAGUAUUGUUGGCCGUAUUUUCGAUUGGCCGACUUUAUUCGAAACUGGUUACCCGUGAUCCGAGAGAACAGUUGCGUAAUUGGUCGAAAUGCGAGGACAACUAUCAGCAGUGUAAGGACUAUUUGGAUCGUAAUCCUGAACACCGAUCGGAACAUUUUGCCGACGAGUGGCCACUGCUUGAAGAGAUGCUAUCGCUAAUACCCGGCAAAAUGCAAUUGAUAUUGAAUUCAACGAUGUAUUGAUUGAUUGAUUGAUUGAUUGAAAAACCAAAGAAAAACAAUUUUUUAAAAUUACUUUUAA